CUCCUCCCACCCUCUCUACCCACUAUACUCGACGACGGAAAACUCCACUACCACCACCAUCCCCUUCCUUUCACCAAUUCCCCGAAUACCCAAUAGAUCUCAUAAUAAACAUGUUUGCCCGCGCCGCCCUCGCCCGCACUUCCUCCCUUUUCACUCCUGCUACUUGUUCUCGUAGAACUUACGCUUCUGCUGCGGCAAAUAAACCGAAAAAGUCCAAUUUGCUGUUGUACUCCGUGGUCGCAGGAAGCGCUGCUGGGGCGGGGUAUUACUACUAUUACACAACCGGCAGUGAGAAGGCUAAGGCGGCGGAGACUACCUUCAAGGGGAACGGGGAGUGGGUUGAUUUGAAGUUGGUAGAAAUCACCCCCGUAACUCACAAUACGAAGAAGUUCCGCUUCAAACUCCCGAGCGAGAAUCAUGUCAGUGGGUUGAAAGUGGCCUCCGCCCUCCUAACUAAAUACAAAUCCCCCACCGACGAAAAACCCACAAUCAGACCCUACACUCCAAUAAAUGACGAAGACGCCCGUGGCUACCUCGACCUCCUGGUGAAAAAAUACGACAACGGGCCAAUGAGCACACACCUACACUCAAUGAACAUAGACCAAAGCCUCUCCUUUAAAGGCCCCAUACCAAAAUACGAGUGGACACCGAACAAGCACGAGCACAUCGCACUCAUCGCCGGCGGCACGGGGAUAACCCCUAUGUACCAGCUCAUGCGCGCUAUCUUCCGCAACCCGGAGGACAAUACCAAGGUCACCCUAGUCUUUGGCAACCUCACGGAGGAAGACAUAUUGCUAAAGAGAGAGUUGGAGAACUUGGAGAAUACGUACCCGCAGAGGUUUAGGGCUUUCUAUCUGCUAGAUAAUGCGCCGAAGGGGUCGAGGCGGGCCACACAGGGACGCGUGACGAAGGAGUUGCUCAAGACGGUGUUGCCGGAACCGGGCAGUGGGAAUAAUAAGAUAUUCGUGUGUGGUCCUCCGGGGAUGUACAAGGCAAUCAGUGGCGUUAAGAAUAGUCCCUCGGAUCAAGGGGAGGUGGAGGGGGUGUUGAAGGAGUUGGGGUAUAAGAAGGAGGAGGUUUACAAAUUUUAGAUUGAGGGGAAGUUUUAGAAAUCCGGCGGAUAAGCUUCUUUAUUUUUCCCCCUUCGCUAUUACCAUAUCGCUUCGUUGCACGGAAGGGGAAAUACCAAUCCCUGAAAACC